UGAGGAAAGAAAAGGUAGGCCUGCCGUACUGGGGCGGGCCCUCAGCUGGCAAAGUUGGGAGCCUCUGUGCCUCAGGGGCUCUGGGAGGGAGGUGGCUUGUUGUGAGGAGCUCUCAGAGUCCAGACCCCUGUAGUCCUGGGAUAAGAAGCAAUAACAGGAUGAGAGGAGAACAUUAGUCGACAAUAAAUCUGCCCUAGAAGUGCACGUUGUCCAAGGGGAUCCUGGAGGAAGAGGAAGGGGGUUUGUCUGGGAGUGUCCGACUCGAGUGCUGUCCACUGCCUAUGGGAGCAGCUCUGCUAUGGCCAGCUUUGGGCUAGGCCUCCUGCUUCUGCUGCUGCUGCUGACCACCCACCCUGGACCCUCAAAGGCUCAGCACUGGUCCCACAGCUGAUACCCUGGAGGAAAACGAGCCUCCAGCUUACCCCGGGACCCUCAGCAUCCUCCUAGGCCCCCAGAAAAGGUUCUGGGAACUGCAGCUCAAAGCCCAGGCCAAAUUGCCCAUACCCUCCCAAGUGAUGCUCUGGCUUGGCCUGAGGACAGUGUGCCCUGGAAGAGCAGGACCAUGACCCGGUGGUUCCUCCGUGGGAAGCAGCACCUGGUGCAGACACUGCUGUUAAGUAAAGUGGAAGGCCCCCACCCUUGGCCACUACAGGGCCAGCUAAGAACUGAGGUGGUCGGGGGAUGAUACACCACUGAGAUGCCUCCUGGUACAGCUAGCUGUGGGCGCCGUUAUCUGAUACUCCAGAAUUCUCGACAAUUUAUAUAUACUAACAGUUUAUGAUGAUAUGACAGCAACAAUUUAUGAUGAGAUGCCCCGUAUCCCUGCUGUUGGGCUUCCCUGAUAGCUCAGUUGGUAAAGAAUCCGUACGCUCAAUGAGCUAGAAAACCCGCACGCUGAAUCCUCUAAGAGGCAAGGGGCAACGACAGGACGUGAGAGUCGCAAAACAAGCGGUUGGCCGAUCCUGCGCAGAGAAGCUAAGCUGGAAGGGGAAAGAGAGAGGCAAUAGAAACAGGAGGGGCGGAGAAGAGGUGGUGGGUAAAGCCACAGUUCGGCGGUCAGGUGACCAGAACGUCCACUGGAAUGACCGCCGCCUUCUGCAGACUGGGCCCCGAGAGCCAGGCCCUACCGCCCUCCAAUAAAGGUGUGAGACUCCUAAAGUUCUUGCAUCGAG